CUUUCCUUUCCCUCCUUAACACAUUAGCGUGAGGUUUCUCAUUCAACAGAGCCAGCCGACUAGGGUUUCAAACGUGCUUCCGAUCAGAUUUCACCGGAAACAAAAGCCCAUGGAACCCGCCUCAUUACCGGAGGAGUCUCGACCCCAAAAAAGAUCUCGUGCUGAAAAAAGGAAAGAAAAUAAAAAGCAACUGCAAGAAGCCCGUAGGAUUUCGGAUGAGACCCGGAAUCGUUUUCAACAAAUACUUGAUGACUUUCACAAAUCCAAUGAUAAAGAGUACACAUUUGAUGCCAGCAUUUCAAACUAUGAACGUGCUGAGGUGCACAAGUUAUGGAGAGCAAUGGGUAUGACGUCACAAAGUUCUGGAGCAGGGGCUAAUAGGCGCGUUACACUUUACAAGAUCAUGGCCAAGGUCAAGCGCAAGCCCAGGGGCUCUGCUUGGACCCAACCCGGGACCCAGACCAAAUCCGACAAUACAGAAGUAAAAAGCCCCGUCAUGUCUUUUGCAUUUUCAGAAGAGGGGAAAACAGUUUUAAAGGACUUUUUUUCUUUUUAUUCACCUGGCGAUCACAAAGAGGAUGAAAAGAUUGCUGUCACAUCUAGCGAAAACGCUAAUAAGACACCAAUGAGAAAUGAUGAUAUGUUCUGUAAACCUCGGACGACAAAGGGUCAAGUUGAAAAGAAGUUUCAGUCGUUUGUUGCCAGGAUGCAAUCGGAUCGCAACUUAAAACAGAUCACUGAAAAUAGGUCGAAACUUCCAAUUGCAUCCUUUAAAGACGUUAUUACAUCGACAGUAGAAUCCAAUCAGGUAGUUCUCAUAUCUGGCCAAACUGGUUGUGGGAAGACAACACAGGUGCCUCAAUAUUUGUUGGAUUAUAUGUGGAGUAAAGGUGAAGAAUGUAAGAUAGUCUGCACCCAGCCACGUAGAAUCUCUGCGGUUUCAGUUGCUGAAAGAAUAGCCAGUGAAAGAGGUGAAGCUAUUGGACAGAGUGUUGGAUACAAGAUAAAGUUGGACACGAAAGGCGGAAGACGUUCAUCUGUUGUGUUUUGCACGAAUGGAGUCUUGUUGAGGAUUUUGGUACAUGCUGGUAAUACUUUAGCUGGAAAAGAAAAGUCAGCGAAGACGGUCAAAGAUGCAUUUCCUGACAUCACUCACAUCAUUGUGGAUGAAAUUCAUGAAAGGGACCGAUUCUCUGAUUUUAUGCUAACAAUCAUUAGAGAUAUACUUCCCAUUUAUCCUCAUCUACGUGUGGUAUUGAUGAGUGCUACACUCGAUGCUGAACGGUUUUCUCAGUACUUUGGAGGCUGUCCGAUCAUAUGUGUACCGGGGUUCACCUACGAUGUGAAAAGGUUCUACCUGGAGGAUGUACUUUUGCUUGUUAAGUCAGAGUCAACAAACGCUCGUUCUCUUGUCGGCACUUCAAAUGCAAAAAUUAGCGCGAAAUCCGAAUUACCCGAAGAUUACAAACGUGCCCUUGAUGAGGCUAUUAAUAUAGCUUGGUCAAGCGAUGAGCUGGAAUUCUUAUUAGACAUUAUUGGUACAAUGGGUGAAGGAUUAGACGUUAGUAAUUAUCAGCAUUCGGUGACAGGUGUCACACCAUUAAUGGUCUUAGCUAGAAAAGGAAGAGUCGGUGAUAUCUGCAUGCUUCUUUCCUUCGGUGCUAAUUGUCACUUACAAGAUAACGAAGGAAAAACCGCGCUGUCGUGGGCUCAGCACGCGGGUCAAAAAGAAGUUUCCGAGAUUUUACAAAAACAUUUAAACUCAACCGAACUAGACACGGAAGAGGAGAAGCGAUUAGAACUAGACACGGAAGAGGAGAAGCGAUUACUCGAUAGAUAUUUGAAAGAUGUAAAUCCCGAAGUAGUUGAUAUUAUCCUUAUCGAACAGUUAUUGAGAAAAAUAUGUACGGAAUCCGAAGAAGGGGCUAUACUUGUGUUUCUUCCGGGGUGGGAUGAAAUACAAAAAUUAAACGAUAAAUUACUCUCGAGUAAUUUUUUUAACAAUGCUAGCAAGUUUUUGAUAUUGCCUCUCCAUUCUAUGGUCCCGUCCAUAGACCAAAAGAAAGUUUUUGUUAGACCGCCUCAUGGUUGCCGGAAAAUUGUUCUUUCAACGAACGUAGCGGAAACGUCCGUCACAAUUGAUGAUGUCGUUUUUGUAAUUGAUAGUGGAAGAGCGAAAGAAAAAAGUUAUGAUCCGUUUAUUAGAGUCUCGACGUUACAAACUUGUUGGAUUUCUAAAGCGAAUGCGAAGCAACGAGAAGGACGGGCAGGGCGGUGCCAGCCCGGAAUAUGUUAUCAUCUUUAUUCGAAACUUCGCGCAGCUUCACUAGCGGAGUUUCAAGAGCCCGAGAUUAAGAGAACACCUAUUGAAGAAUUGUGUUUGCAGGUGAAGCUUCUCAACCCAGAUUGCAAAAUAGAAGAUUUUUUGAAAAAAACGUUGGACCCGCCUGUUUCCCUAGCCAUACAUAAUGCAAUUACGGUUCUUCAAGAUGUUGGAGCCUUGUCACCUAAUGAAGAACUUACCAAGUUCGGUGAGAAAAUCGCUUCGAUCGCGGUUCAUCCAGUAACAAUCAAGAUGCUUCUUUUCGCUAUAUCGAUGAACUGCCUUGACCCGGCUUUGACUUUAGCUUGUGCAAACGACUUUAGAGACCCUUUCAUCUUCCCAAUGUCACUCGCCGGUAAAUCGGAAGCAAAUGCCGCUAAAUCGAAGCUGGCGUCGGUAUAUGGCGGCCAUGGUGAUCAAUUGGCGAUAAUCGCAGCUUUUGAAUGCUGGAAAAACGCCAAAGAAAGGGGUCAAGAAGCCAGGUUUUGUCGUAAAUAUUUUGUGGCUGCUGGUGGUAUGAGGAUGUUAUCCGCAAUGCGUGAGCAACUUCGACGUGAACUCUGUAUGAAUGGAUUUAUUCCAAAAGAUUCAUCUCGGUUGAGUGAAAACUCUCAAGAUAAGGGAAUAAUUAACGCUGUUAUUGUUGCGGGUUUAUAUCCUAGGGUCGGAAGAUUAUUUCUUGAUGGAAGGGCGAAAAGGUAUAUAAGUGAUGUUAAUGAGCAGAAGGUUAUGUUGGGUCGUCAGUCGGUUAAUUCUAGGGUAACCCUUAAGAAAAAGAAGGUUGAUCCGUUGGUGAUUUACGAUGAGGUAACACUUGGUGAUAUGGGUUUCGCUAUCAAGAAAUGCAGUAUUAUUGGCCCGCUCUCCGUGUUAUUGCUAGCUACCGAAAUUGCUGUUGCUCCUAUUAACGAUGAUAACGAGACGGUUUCUGAAGACGGUAAUAAAGAAAGACACGAAGAUGAAUUUAUGUCUAAUCCUGAUACUGCGGUUGAAGUUGUUGCUGACAGGUGGCUUUCGUUUAAGUCAACGGCUCUUGAUGCUGCUCAGAUUUGUUGUUUGAGAGAAAGAUUGUCGGAUGCGAUAUUGUUUAAGAUCACGCAUCUGGGAAAAGAUCUACCUCCAGUACUUGCAGCCUCCGUCGCUGCAAUAGCCAAGGUGUUAUCUUGUGAUGGCCUUGCCGGUAUUAGUGAAAUGAUUGGGGAAAAUGGUAAAAUUUCGGGGUUAAGUACGCUUUUAAAUAACAAGGUUAAGAAACGCAAGAUAUAUAAACCGAAAUCGCGGGAAUAUAAACCUUGGCGUCCGUCAGAAAAUCAACAUCCAAAUUGCGAUGCUCCAAGCGGAAGCUCUCGCAAACGCGGUCGUGAAGAUAUGGCUUGAAAAUUAGAGAUGGUUUUGAUGGUUAUUAUAUUGAGUUGUUUAGAUUUUUUGGCUGUCUUUUUAUAACAUGUAGCUACUUGAAUUGGUUUACAGUCUUUGGAUUGUCCUGUUACAGCCCAAAAGUUUUAAGGCUGUGAAUAGCCAAUACAUGUAUUUUUUUUAAUAGUUGUAUGACUAGAAAACAAAUAGUUACUUAGGUUUACAUA